AUGAAAAUGGAUGAAGCCCUUACUAAACCAAGGAAUGUCACUCAUACUUUGUAUAAGCUUUAUAACUGGUUGCAAAUGGGUAUGAUUGACCUCAAUCCCGAAUUUCAAAGAGGCAUGAAACAAUCGCAUUUAGUAGAUUCUGUUCUUAACAAUUUUUAUAUUCCUCCUGUCAUUUUUUCGUGCAAGAAAUUGGAUAGUAAACGAUGGAUGCGCGUAUGCAUUGAUGGAAAACAGCGGCUUACUGCAAUCAGAAAGUUCAUGGAUAAUGAAAUCCCUCAUCUUAGCCCUUCAGAUGGUAACAUUUCUAAACGAUAUUAUAAAAGUAUUAAUGGUUCAAAACGUUCCUUAACUGAAGCGGAGAGAGAACUUUUUGAUUGUAGUGAACUUUUGUGUGUCGAGUAUUAUGAUCUUACUUUGCAUCAAGAGCAAGAAAUCUUUAGCCGCGUACAACUUGGUGUUGCCUUAACACCAGCUGAGAAACUCCAGGCUAUUAGUAGUCCAAUGGCUGACUUUGCGCAUACAAUUUACACUCAACAUCCUUCCAUAUCUGCUAUAAUGGAUACAAAACGUGCCCGACCUUUUCAAUUAAUUACCCAAUCUUUACAUAUGAUUGAGAUGGAACCAGAAAAAUUUAAUGCUACUCCAGCCACCAUCACCAAAUUUUUGAAGGAAGAUCGUGAAGUUCCUGAAUCCCUUCGAACGUUAGCAAAUCAAGUCUAUCGAACGAUAGAAGAGAUGAUCGAAGAUGAUACCGAACUAUUCCAUCGUGAUAACAAAUUAGCUCCCGUAGAAUUUGUCUUUCUAACAUACCUAAUUUCAAAAUAUCCCGGUCUUCCGAUCUUCCAAUAUCAGAAUCGUCUUUUGGCGAUGAAGAAACACGUCCGCGCAAAACAUGAUGAUAUCAGAUUCAAUAACAAGGUGUACGAUACAUUGAAAAAGUUUAUUGAUAACAUGGAGUUCGAGUAUGUACCUGCAACUCAUCAAUCUAGUAAUUCUUCUUACUCUUCUCCUGUUCAAGCAUCAUUUGACACUCAAACUUCGUCUGCGACCCCUCGUGUUGGUAGGAAGAGGGUCAAGCAUAAUCCUGUUGAAUAA